AUGCGCAGGAUAUGUGAACACUCGAGGCGAUGGCACCAACAGUUCUUCCCUUCCGCCCUUCACCUUGGCCAUCGUCCAUGCUUUCCAAGGCUUUGGCUGCCUGCUCAGGCCCACCAACGUCAAUACGCCAAGAAACCAAACGAUGAGAUUGUGCAGCGCCCGUACGCCAGAAGACAGAAUGGCGAUACUGUGCAGCCCCAGUACCCGCCAGAAUCAAACGACGAUGUUCUGUGGCGCCGGAACGCCCAAAAAGCAAAUGACGACGUUGUGCAGCAUCCACUUGCUAAUCAACAAAACAACGAGCAAAACAAUGAUGUCGUGGUGCAUGAAUUUGAGCAGAUAGGAACAAACAAGAAGAGCAGAGUGGCUGUAAACCCCAAAGAAGAACUGGAGGUGACGGGGGAGUAUUUGAGGUCACAACUCGAAAGCUUGGAGAAAGAGCUUGCAGUGUUAAGAGAAGGGCCCUUUGGACCGAACAGCGAAUUCAUGCAAUCGCUGCCGCCUAAUGAACGUAAGAUGGCGCUUAAAGCUUUGGGCAAGGACCUGACAGGAGGGUUACAUGAUCCCGAUGAUUUUAAUCCCGAAGAGCUCGACCGGCUGAUCGAAGCGCAGGACUCAGAGGCUGACGACUUUGGUGGCGACCCGCCGCCAAAGGUCAUCCUCCAAUACACAGAUGAACAUCAGGCAUAUGUCCGGAACUUCAACUCCGUUCUCGAAGAAGCUGUGAAUACACCGGUAGUGAACGCGAAUACCAAGAUAUUGCUUUGGAGAUCGUAUCGACGAUGCUGUUACAAUAUUCAGAACUUUCCAUCGACGGUGCCUCCCCAGGUUUGGGAUGUACUGUGGCAAACACAAGCGGAUCUAUCUCACAGAUAUGGGACUAAAAAGGUGCUUCGAUUAGCCAAAGACAUGCUCUCCCAGUCUUCUACACCCCUUUCUCCGCAGCAAACCCUGGUCUAUCUGGAAUGUCUGCGUGUGGAGAAAUACCUGGAAACUGCUAUUCAAUGCUGGAAUGAGAAUCGAAACUCCUUGGGACGUAAUGCUCAAGUGGCUAAACAGUUUUGGGCGCUCGGUGUGCAACUCUACAGCGACAAUGAUCAGCCUGGAGAAGCUGAAACCAUUGCAUUGCAAUGUCUCGAGGGCUCUUUGGCGGACCCAGGUAUACUAGUACCCGUGAUAGAUUCAUGGGCACGAAAUGGCACAGCGAACUGUUUGGAGAAGGCCUGGGCAUCUUAUCUACAUUUCAGCCAGAAGUCUGGUACAGAAGUCAACAUGGAGGAUUAUGAAAAAAUCUCAGCCACGCUGCUCAAGCACGGUCAGUCCAAUAUGGCGCUAGCUGUCUUCAAGGAUACGGCGGUCCGCAGAAUCAACCGUGGUGAGUAUGACUCUUUUCACACGUUUCAACGUCUUGCCAGCAAAGUAGGAGAGUUUCAAUCCUCUGCAAUCAAUGCAGAUGAAGUCAGCAGGGUUUCCCUGAAUGCGUUGACGAUGCUGCCACGGUUCUUGCAAAAUAAGUUUUUCUUUGCAUUCUGGAUCAAGGGACUUCUCGGCCAUGGACAAGUGGAUGCCGCUGCUAAGGUAGUGGAGCUUAUGUACGAGCGAGGCAUCAAACCGGACGCAAAGCAUUUGAACGGCAUUGUAGGCGCAUGGCUACGUGACGGGUCCGAUGAAGCUAGGAAUCAAGCAGAGCAGAUGGCCUGGUCUAUGGUUAACGCUCGAAUCGACUUCGUGCGCAAUCGAGCCAUGAACUUGAAGAACAAAGACGUGGUCAGCUAUGCCAAUCGUCCUAUACCCCCCGCUACCAUUGAAACAUUCUCUAUUUUACUACUUCAUUAUACUCGUCGUUGUCAACUCGACCUGGCCGAAAAUGUGACGAAGGUGAUGACCGAAGAAGCCUUGAUUGCCCCAAAUGUCUAUAUCUGGAACCAUUGGCUCUAUGCAGCUUUACGCGCGAAGAACCUUGAGAAGGUGUGGUCCCUGUACCUCAACAUGCAACGUCACGUCCAGCCCGACCUCGAGACAUUCGCCUGUCUAUGGGACUCUGCAAAAUUGCAAUGGGAUCCCAGCCGAUCUGCUCAAUACGACGACUUUCCCACCGCUCGACGCUUGUUUAAGCGCAUGCCCACCUGGAUGUCGCAGCUACCGGAGGCACAGCUAAUCCGCACCAAACAAGAAUUCUCCCGAGACCUACACAACCAAAUCAUCCGCGUCUUUUGCCUGAGCCAGGACCUGCCAGGCACACUCUGUGCCCUGUAUGGCCUGGUGCAGCUCUUCCAGGAGUAUCCCGACAGCGACACCACCCGCAUCAUCGUCAUCCAGCUCGCGCAUCUCCUCCCACCCGACUCGCUAUCUCGUGGCGUCAGGCGGAAGACGUCGACCAUGAGAACUGCUCUGUCGGCGGUCAACAACAUUUUGCAGAUCGUCACGGACCAGCGCAUCAUCGCUCUGAAGGCUAAGGGACUGGACCCUGAAAGACUGGACGAGACGACCCAGAAGCAAUUCCAGCUCGACGUCCUCUCCGAUCUUCUGGUGGUCUUCCUGAAGAGACUGACCAAGGAAAACACAGGCAGUCUGGUAAAUAGGAUGCAACAUAUAGCGGCACAUAUGGGCGUGAAUAUUGAUGCGGUGGAUUUUCGCGUUGAGGAGUGA